CACAUAUUCUUCACUUUUUCUUUAUCUUAACUUUUGGUUCAAAUUAUUUAUUGGUUCUGCGUUGCCUCCUACAAUAGAGGAAUCCCCCAAAUGUCAAACUAUGAAAUAUUAAAAUAGUUUAGUGACACCAAGAAAUACAUUGUGAUUUUUAUGUUCAUAAAAGAUGAGUAUUUUGUUUAUAACUUCUUUUUUUCUCUAUAAAAAACAUAAGAAAAUGGGUUAUAGAAAACACUGAGGACCUUGAAUUUUGCUCCAUGCAUUUCUGAAGAUAACUCAGUCCUAAUCCAACUUGGGCCAAUAGCUAAAGAACAAUCUAAACUGUAAACUAUAAAAUCUAAAAGAUGGUUACUACUAUUCAUAAAAAGAUAUGAUAGAAAUGCCAAUUGAUUUAUGAAGUUAACAAAGUUGCAAAAAAGAAUCUUAUCUAUAAGCAUAACAAAUAGCUUCCUCCUACAGACAACAAACUAAUACCAUGGAGAUGAAACAAAAGCCUGGUACAUUUAUAAGAGACAAUAAAACAAACAUUGCAAGCCUAGAAAAAGAAACAGUGGAUACAAUAAUCGCAGUACACGAGUGCCUAUAAAAAUAAAGUAAGGAUCACUAUUUUUCAUAGUAUCCUACUCUUGUUUUAAAAUUGACCACUACCACAUCAACAAGAAGAUAUUAAAAAACAAGGAAGGUUGUAGUAGAAUCAUGCUCUAUUGCAAAAUAAUGCAGUAGGAGGAGCAGUGUGCCCUUCUGUCAUUGUCACAUUAUACUUUGAUAGCCAUUCAUCUUUGCCUGCACACUUUGCUCCCCAACAGAGUGCACACCUCCAAGUACAUUCUUGGCAUUUUCCCUUCUUUCUUUUUCAUGCCCCACAUUCAUUUCUCUUUCUCUUCUUCCAACUCUUCAAUCCUUUCAAUCCUUCAAUCCUUCAAUUCAAGUUUCAACCACUACUUCCACUUCCCUCUCUCAAUGGAUGCAAAACCUCCUCAACUUGCUGCACAACCUUUAAACUAUCAGACAUGGUUCUUGAAAGUUUCAAUCCACUGUGAAGGUUGCAGGAGGAAAGUAAAGAAAGUUCUGAAGAGCAUUGAUGGUGUUUUCACUGCAACAAUAGACCCACAGCAGAACAAAGUAACAGUCACUGGAAGUGUGGCUGUGGAGACCCUUCUCAGGAAGCUCGUCAGAGCCGGAAAACAAGCCGAGAUUUGGCCGGAGAAUGACGGAAAAAUCUCCGGAAAUGGGCGGCAGCAGCAGAAGAAGAAGAAAAAUGAAGCAAGAGAACCACAGAGCGGAACUGAAAAUGCUUCUGCCAAGUGUAACAGUGAGAAGAAAAGCAGCAGCAUUGACUCGCCGGGAAAGUCGCCCUCCGUUUACCGGACGCCGUCGGAGGGUGGUCGGAGCGAAGGUGGUGCCGGCUCUGCUAAGAAGAAGAAGAAGAAAUUGCACAGUGGUGGUGGGAAUGGAAACAGUGGUUUGAGUUCAGUGGAAGCAGCUACUGGUGCACCUGCACACACCGGAUUGCAGUUUCAAGAUCUUGUGGGCCCAGUGAAUGUGAACCCCACACGUCAGUAUUCGCUUUUAUAUCCAGAAAGUGGUGUUGCAGCUUAUAACAGAUUGUAUCCUUCUUACUACGUUCCAUCUUCACCCUACACGUGGGCUGGUCUAGACCAAGAUUACCAUCACUUUCAAUCACCACCGUUGGUUUCCUUUGAGAUCUUCAGUGAUGAAAAUGUUAAUGGGUGUUCUGUUAUGUGA